AUGAAACUACGUCGCGAUAAUCUCCGGUCUGUUUUACCUCAUCAUGCCAAGUUUUUCGAUCGUACCGGUUUCCUGGGUGACGCAUCGCUUUAUUCGGCCUCAUCACCAGGCUCAACAUCCUCUGUUAGUUCAUCUCGGAAUUUGGCUCCGACUACUUUUCCACCUCUCUUCUCAGCCUGUUCUACGCCUAAUUGCAAUCAGCUCGGCUUCCAUUUAAUUCAUAUGUCAACUUCAUUGCCAUCGGUGCCAAGGUCAUCACCUUCUUUGCAUUCCGGUGUUGCCCCUCCCAUCUUAACGGCUUUACCCGUUCCCUUUGGUUCUUAUGCCGCAUCUAUACCAGAAAAUUCAUCGGUCUUCACUAACGCCGAUCUAAAUUCCUCAACUAUUGUCACAGAACAGCAACAAAAAAGGCGUUAUUUCAACUUAAAUCCAAUUCCUCCACCUGAUCUCCUUGGUCCGAUAGGGCAACAUUAUGAAGCCGUUGCAUCAGGGCCUCACAUAGGUCGUGUUCUUGGAAAUUUUCCGGGAAUCAGGAUCAGACAUGAUUUGCGACCUACCCUGAAUCAAUCACCAUCUAUCGUGCCUGAUAACUCUCUGGGUAAUUUAGUAUUAUCAUCUGGAUCACCUUCUACCGUAACCACUACUACUAUUCUUUCAUCAUCGAUCUCUUCUGGCCGGCCUUCUGAUCAAUUUAGUUGCCUCUCUGCUUGCACUAGCACUACUCCCCUCUCCACUUCACAGGUAUCAGCCAAUGCCACUGUUCCUCCGGAUACUGCUGAAGGCAACAAUGCAGCUAACCUUGUUCCCUUGUCCAAGGUGUCAGAACCCCAAUUAUCCAAUGCUGACCUCUCUUUGCCAUUGGCCUCUGAAUCCUUGCCUACAGAUACUUUAUCGCGGGCGUUUAUUCAUUUAAUCCAUGAAUCCCCUGAUCAUGGGCCUACCCUCGAUGAUUUGCCAAAAUUUGAACAAUUUACAUUUAUUGAUAAAAUCCCUAAAAGCAAUUCACUUGAGGGUGACAUGACAGCUUUGACAGAGGUACAAUCGAAGAUAGGGAAUUGUGAAUAUCAAACUAAGAACACUGAACAAGCUGACACUGGACCUUAUGGAGAUUCACUUAUUCCUAUAAGUCUUCCUCUUGCCCUGAGCCAUAAUGAGGACAGACGUUCAUAUCAACCUGAAGGACGGGCAACCUGCGUAGCUAUGAAGGAAAUGCCUAACGUCUUGUUACGUGAUAGCCUUCUGCAUACCGGUCAACUCAAUUCGCUUUUAUCUUCGGAGACUCCGCCCUUAAAUGACGAGUCUAUUAUUCAUACAAAUAAUUCUAUUAAUCACUGUCUCUCCUACUCUUCGCCUCCUUUGUUAAAGGCUGCCUCCCUAGAGAUAGGACGGUCACUAUCUGAUAAUACUUCUGGCCAAUUUCUUUUGCAUCAAAGUGCUCCUACAUCUAUCACUUCGAUUUCUUUGCACGACGCUGUUUUAGAUACUAAAUCUACUGAAAAUUCCACAAGAACGAUCCCAGCUUCUCUAAAGCUUUCGGCCAGCCUCCUCUCCUUCGAGAAACACGAGUCUAGUUGUGCCUCUUUAUUUGGCCAGACCCAUUUCUCACCCAUACAGCCUUCUAAUUUGAGUAAUAAUUCUUAA